AUGCUGCCGUACCUGUUCCCCGAUCUGUCCACCUUUACUACAGUCGCCGAUCUUAUCACCCACCUUCGCACUAGUGAUGCUCGCCUGCGUGCCGCCCUUCCCACCGAGUUCUGCGCUAAGAACCCCCCUCCACUGUACUGGACACUCCACUUCAUAGUCACCCGUCUCCCUGACACCCUCCGCUCAGUUCGAGACCACUUCCUUGCUCGCUGUCCCACUGAGCUCACAGUCGCCCUCCUAGAGGAGCAGCUGCUCGCGGCCGAAAAGAGCAUUGUAGCUGUUGGUGCUGCUCGUGGCGCUCCUCGCACCCCCAUCUUUGAGGGGUGUUCUCCCUCUCCCCUCGCUCCCUCCUACGCUGCUGCUGCUGCUGUUGACUUCCUUGGUGCUGAGUCUGUUGGCGCUGCUUCUGCUCCUGGUGGGAGGCGCCGCACCGGCAAGGGCAAGGGGGGCAAGGGUGGUGGUGGUGGCGCUGGGGGGGGAGGAGGUGGGGGAGGUGGGGGGGGAGGCGGUGCUGGAGGGAGCGGUGGCGGGAGCGCUGGUGGGAGUGGGGUCGGUGGUGGAGGCGGGGGCGGCGGCGGAAGCAGUGGCAGUAGUGGCGGCGGCGGCGGUGGCGGCGGUGGCGGUGGUGGCGGUGGUGGCGGUGGCGGUCGGAGCGGUGGUAGUGGUGGCGGCGGCGGUCGGAGUGGAGGCACUGGCUCGGGCCAGAGCUCCCAGCAGCAGCAGCGUCCCCAGACGACCCAGCAGCUUCGUGAGUGGCUUGCUCAGCGUGGGACGUCGGGGGGCAGUGGCCGCUGUUCUUAUGUCAUUCGCACAGGUGACCGCAAGGGACAGACGUGUGGGAGGUUCCACACCCCGUACCGCUGCUUCUCCCGCCUUGACGACGCUUGGCGUGAGGAGAUGGGCGCGGAUGUUGAGCGCCCCCGCUGGGCUGAGCUCAUGAGGGCUGGUGUUGAUGUCUUUGCUCUUGACUAUGAUGCUAUUAUUGCUGCCAUGUAUGCAUUGACUGUUAGUGCCGAGGGAGACUGUUACUUGUGUGUGCCGCCUGACCCAGGUAUAGAGCCCGCUGCCCUGGGUACUAGUGAGUCUGCUCUCUCUGGUAUGGUGCCCCCUGUACUUGCUCCCCCCAGUGCUGUCCUGGCUGGUUUCGAGUCUGCUCUCUCAGGUACAGCACCCACAGAGACUGCUCUCUUAGGUACCGCACCGGCUGAGGCCUGUCACACCUUCACCCUUGACUCAGGUGCUUCCCGUUGCUUCUUUCGUGACAGUACUGAGCUCACACCGCUUCCUGCACCGGUCCCAGUCUCCUUGGCUGACCCCUCUGGGGGCCCAGUCCUUGCCCAGUCCACCACUGUCCUCCCUUGUCCGGCGGUUCCGUCUGGCUCGUUGUCGGGUUUCCACCUCCCCUCGUUCUCGACGAACCUGGUGAGCAACGCUGUCCUCCAGGAUCAGUGGGUUGACACCUUUACCCCUGGCGGACAGCGUGUGGCGAUCUGCACGUGCUCCAGGACCGGCCGUCACCUGGCUACGUUUACCCGUCGGCCGGGGUCGAGUCUCUACACACUGACCACUGCGUCUCCUCAGGUCGCUGCUGUCGGUCUGGUGUCUGCGUCAGGUCUGGUAGCCCACGCCUGUGAGUGUCGUUCCCUGUCGCACCAGACUCUUCUCUGGCACCACCGCCUGGGUCACCCCUCCUUGCCACGCCUUCGUGGCAUGCACCGUCGCCACCUUGUGUCUGGUCUUCCCAGGUCCCUCCCUCCCCUCCCUGCCUCGCCUGCGCCGCCUUGCCUUCCUUGCGUCGAGGGGCGGCAGCGCGCCGCUCCUCACUCCUCCUCGUUCCCCCCGACAGAGGCUCCUCUGCAGACCCUCCACCUGGACGUGUGGGGCCCAGCCCGCGUUCGUGGUCAGGGCGGUGAGCGGUACUUUUUGCUGGUUGUCGACGACUACUCGCGUUACACCACGGUCUUCCCCUUGCGCACCAAGGGUGAGGUCCCUGCUGUUCUGAUCCCUUGGAUCCGCACGGUUCGUCUCCAGCUCCGCCGCCGUUUCCGGACGGAUCUUCCUGUCCUGCGUCUGCACUCUGACAGAGGUGGUGAGUUCUCCUCCGAUCUCUUGAGGACCUUCUGUCAGGCGGAGGGCAUCGAGCAGACCUUCACGCUUCCGGACUCCCCACAGCAGAAUGGGGUUGCUGAGCGCCGCAUUGGCCUGGUCAUGGAGGUCGCUCGUACCUCCUUGGUCCACGCGGCGGCUCCCCAUUUUCUGUGGCCGUUUGCUGUCCGGUUUCUGCUCAGUUAUUUCUGA